AUGGCGAAUGUUGUCAACAUGCAGAAUGUGCUCUUGAAGUGCGCUACGUGCUCCAAACUUGCCAGCUAUGCUAUUUUCUGUGACAAGUGUCAUGGAGGGAAAUGCAGUUGUACUGUUGAAGACUGCUGCAGCUCCGAUUGCAGGUGCUCCGUAUGUAAGGACAACCGCGCAAGCUUCUCGGGAAAGGGUGCUUUCUGUCCCGAAGGAUUCUGUAAGGUUGGACAGGAGUGUGAGUGUGGCGACUCCUGUAAGUGCAGUGACGGAUGUCAGUGCCCGAAAUGUUUCAACUUUGUUUGCUCCAACGAAUUCAUGUCUGGGAAAUUUUGCGGAACCAGCGACUGCCGGUGCAACGGCAAGUGCUCAUGCCCGAAGUGCAAGUCCAAGUGCACUUCAGCUAUGUACUGCCCCAAGUGUACCGGGGGUAAGUGUGGCUGUACUGGUGCCAGCUGCUGUACCAACAGCUGUAGAUGUCCCGGAUGUAAGGUCAACCGUGGAUGCUUUUCGGCGAAAGGUGUAUCCUGCCCUGAUGGAAAGUGUCAGGUCGGACUCGCUUGCAAAUGUGGAGACUCCUGUACAUGCAGUGACGGAUGCACGUGCAUUGUCUGCAAGGACGGAUGUAAAAGUGGACUCGCCAAAGUUGCGUGCUCCAUGAACUGCCAGUCAGGAAAAUGCUUUGGAACUAGCGCCUGUCGUCAUAGGUGCAAUUCUGCUGCCGUGGUCUGUGUCAAGUGCCAUGGGGUUAGGUGUGGCUGCACUGGCGCCGGAUGUUGUACCAACAACUUUAGAUGUCCCGGAUGUAAGGUCAACUGUGGAUGCUUUGUUAGGAGAGCGAGCUGCCUUCAUGGAGUUUGUCGGAUUGGACGGGAGUGUAGAUUUGGCUGCAAGUGCUGUGACGCAUGCAAGUGUCAUUGCUGUAAGGGUGGCUGCAAAUGCGGAGGCGCCAACUUCGUGGGCUGUGUGUCAGGGCAAUGUUGCGGAAUGAGUGCCUGCCAUUGCAACAGCAAAUGCGCAUGUCCAAGAUGCGGGUGCAACUGUUAAUCAGAGACAUGUACCUGUGGUGUUGGCUGGACUGGAUCAAGCACCAUCUUCAAAUAUGGUGCUGGCUGCACUUGUAAGCAGUAAUCGAUGACGCCAUGGGAGACCUUUGGACCCACCGUUUUCCGGAUGUUCGUGGGCAUUUACAGAGACGUUUUUGUUUAUUAUUCGUUAUCCAAGGACUUUGAGUAGUAAUUGUAAACAUUCUAUCAAAUUUGAUUAUCAUGUGAUAGCCAGCUAGUAGACUCGUUAUCCAAUCAUCGCAUUGUCCUGUUGGAGCUUGUCAGCAAUACGAGUGUGUAAAUACGUUAUUGUUCAUUAUUAUCUAUAUUAGUUACGAAUUAUUUUUUCAAAAAAACUUUAAAAAAAAAAAAAAAAAAAUAUGUAUGUGACUUCAGCUGUCGACAGAGUUUAAGUUUAAGGAGAAACGCCCAGUCUUAUUUUUAAUCUUAAACUUGACGGUUUGAAUAUAUAUCCAGUAUUAUCUAUAAAUAUAUAGAGAAUAUAAAGGAAAUAUAUGUGAACUAGUAACAUCUUCCACCGCCUUGUCCUGUUGGAGCUUGUCACAAUACAAAAGUUUGUAAAUGAGUUAUUGUUUAUUUAUCUAUGUUACUUACGAAUGGUGCAUGCGACUUCUGCUGUUAACAAAGUU